AUGCGUUUUAUGUCAUAUUUUCCUCUUUUCCUUAUUUGUAUUUCUCAAUACUAUUUACAAGGAGCAAAUGCAAAUAACCUUGAUGCUAAUGAAUUAAUUGAUUAUGGUGAAAAAUUAACUCAACAAAGUGAACAAUUGUUUAAAAAAAUGGCACAACGUAAAAAAAGAGAUUAUUAUGGAACUUUUGGUCAUGAUUCCUGGGACAGACGAACAUUAGGACCAAAAUAUGAUGAUGUCAAAGAAAAACUCACAAAGAUUUAUAGCUCAGGAAAUUAA